AACCAAAUCCAAAACCGCAUUCAACACCGUCUCCUAUUUGGCUUCUGCAGGUUCAAUGCUCGAGGAAGGCAAGGAGAGCAUCCUUUAAUCCGUGUUUGCUGCUCUUCCUAUUCUUUGGACUGCGAUUAAGCUUCCCUCUUAUGCGAUAACUGUUUAUAGUGCAAGAAUCUCGCAUUCAAAAUCCUCCCAAACCUGCACCUAAUCUUUAACAUCAAAGAUUUACAAGAAUUCAGCCUGAAAGGAUCAGUUUACCAGUCACGAUUUUGGAUUUGGGGGCAGAAUAGGAGCCCAAUUUUUCUCCUUUUCUGCCUACAAUCCUAAGCCUAUUCAUGGCCACGGACGUAACGGCCGAAUUCCAAAACCCUGAUUUUCGGCCGGUUCCGCAGCCGCCAGAUUUCCAUCCGGAGCUCGUCGAGUCACCUCACGAUGGGCUCCAUUUUUGGCAGUUCAUGAUCGCUGGCUCCAUUGCCGGCGUCGUCGAGCACGUGGCAAUGUUCCCCGUCGACACCGUGAAGACCCAUAUGCAAGCUCUUGGGUCAUGCCCCAUUAAGUCCGUCAGCGUUCGCCAAGCCCUCCAAUCGAUUUUGAAGUCUGAGGGUCCAUCUGCACUAUAUCGAGGGAUAGGCGCCAUGGGUCUUGGUGCUGGGCCAGCACACGCCGUGUAUUUUUCCUUUUAUGAGGUUUGUAAGAAGUAUUUUUCUCAUGGGGAUCCCAAAAACUCCACUGCCCAUGCGAUUUCUGGUGUUUGUGCUACUGUUGCGAGCGAUGCUGUGUUUACACCCAUGGAUAUGGUGAAGCAGAGAUUGCAAUUGAGUAACAGUGGUUACAAGGGUGUUUGGGAUUGUGUGAAGAGGGUUUUGAGCGAGGAGGGAUUAGGGGCUUUUUAUGCAUCUUAUAGGACUACAAUUGUGAUGAACGCCCCAUUUACAGCAGUGCAUUUUGCAACUUAUGAGGCCGCAAAAAGAGGCCUUAAGGAGAUUUCGCCUCAGAGUGCUGAUGAUGAACGUUUCGUUGUUCACGCAACUGCUGGAGCUGCAGCUGGUGCAUUGGCUGCCGCUGUUACCACACCGCUUGAUGUGGUCAAAACUCAGUUGCAGUGCCAGGGUGUUUGCGGCUGUGAUAGAUUCAAGAGUGGUUCAAUCGGGGAUGUUAUUAAAACUAUAGUGAAAAAGGAUGGGUACAGGGGGCUCAUGCGAGGAUGGAUUCCUAGGAUGCUAUUCCAUGCUCCUGCCGCUGCAAUCUGCUGGUCCACAUAUGAAGCUGGAAAGGGCUUUUUCCAAGAGUUCAAUCAAAGACAAGUGAAGUGAUACUGUCAACUAAAUAAAGCAGCUGAAGUAGAUUUUUCAUUGUUCAGCAACUGCCUUUGAGAGGAAUAUCUUGUAAUAUUCGUCAUUUGUUUGCUUGUGCGGCAAGCAUCAGAUUUUUGAGGAUAGAUUCUAUUCUAUUUAACUUUACACGAUCUAUAAAUUUUUGUAAUAUCAUCAUAUAAUUUUUAUUGCUUUUUGUCA